AAGGAAUGGAUGCGUUUGCUGCCAUUGGUGUUGAACGUUAAAUAUUUGUACGUGAAAUAAAUACCAAAUGCUGCAUCUACUGUUUGCAUUUUUAAUAUAUUUGUUUGAAAUUACGAACUAUUUUGCCAAAGAUGUGAAAUACGAAAUUGUUUUGAAUUUAACAACAAUUUAUCUUCGUUCGUAAUCUUUUUUGUUGCAGAUUUUUUUUCCCUUUGGAAUCAAAUGAAUUCAUUGGUUGUUUAUCGUUUACUGUGGUUUCUGUGCCAACAUUAGAACAACGAUACACGGAUAAAUGACGGGCUAUGCUUUAAUCAGCAUAUCUAUUCAAAUCUAAUGCAUGUGAUUGGUAUUUUUGCUGAAUAUUUUAAUGCAUCAUCUCUUUGAAAUAAAUGGAAAUUUGAUUAUUUUUGUUUUCGUUUGGUUUUUACGUUAAACCAUCGAUACGAACGAAUAUCGACAUGCAUUUUUCACCAUCAACAUUGAAAAACUAAUUGCAGCUUACGCUGUUAGAAUUUCAUGAAUGCCUUUAUUAUUGUAAUUGACUGCUUAUGAAUAUAUAUGUAUGAAGCAACACUUGGAACAAAUGCUUUCUGUCCAUUUAUUGCCUAUCUUUCUGUGUAGACAGAAUUUGAAAUUUGCUUGGCCACAAAUUGAAUGAUUAAUAAGUAAAGGAGAACUAUUGAUUUGAAAUCAAAUAUAUAAAAAAUGGAAUUUUCCAUUGCAUUUGUGGACAUUUGUCUAAAACUAUUCCUAGAGAUAGCAAACAGAUUCGACGAAGGAGGCGUUGCUAAUAUUUCACGUAUACUUUGAUAUGAAUCCAAAUGAAAUGCAAUGAACAUUGUCUUUUUUUGAAAAUGAAAGCGCUUUUACAGUCUGUUUUUUUCCAUUUUUCUUGCAUAAAAUUCUGAUGCAAUUUCCCUAAAUAUUUCCAUGGCAUAGCGUCUAUUUUAUAUUUCUGCAUAAAUUUCAUAACAACUCGACAUAAUUUCUAAUCGUUUUACUCGGUUUGAUUUGUUGAAUUGGGCAUUGAAUGCAUUCAUUUGGUUGUUGUUUCGUUUGUUUUCGCAGUCGUUGCCAACUGAAGAGCAGCGAAAUGCCAUCCGUAUCGGGCAACACUAAAACCAAAAUGUAUUUUCGCGGCAUCAUCUUUUUCAGUGCUUGGGCUUUUUUUCACUUCAAUUUAGAACUCUGUAGCGAACAGACAAACGUUGAGUGUGUGCGACAAUUGUGUAUAUUUUUGGCGAACAAAAUAUUGUAAUUUUUGUGGAAAUUUUAUUUCGCUUGAUACUUUUUAAACGAAAAUAUAAAAUUAAAAACGAAAAAUGGCUGGUGGCAAAGCAGGUAAAGAUUCCGGAAAAUCCAAAGCAAAAGCCGUUUCACGCUCAGCACGUGCCGGACUCCAGUUCCCCGUCGGUAGAAUCCACCGGCAUUUGAAAAAUCGCACAACAAGCCAUGGUCGUGUUGGUGCCACCGCUGCCGUUUACAGUGCCGCUAUUUUGGAGUAUUUAACAGCCGAAGUGUUGGAAUUGGCUGGUAAUGCCUCAAAAGACUUGAAAGUGAAACGUAUCACCCCACGUCAUUUGCAGUUGGCCAUCCGUGGAGAUGAAGAAUUGGACAGUUUGAUCAAGGCGACCAUUGCUGGUGGUGGUGUCAUUCCACACAUCCACAAAUCACUCAUCGGCAAGAAGGGAGGCCCAGAAUAACCAAAUUAAUCAUAAUAUCGACGCCUAUUCAAAAACAUCCAGAACAUUUUUCUUUUUGAAUAAUUCUACAACUGCAGAGGAAUCACUUAAUCGUAGCAUUUAAAGAAGAAGAAAAAAACCAACAAACACUGUCUUUCAUCUUUUAAACAAAUAAUUUAUUCAUUUUUUUUUCGAACGAUGAUUUGAAAAUCGUGAGUCUCUUUAGGCGUGCAUUUCGAAUUCAAAUCAAACAAAACAUAAAAAAAAACACAGAAAUGAAUUACAUUUUCUUACGAAAUUUUUUUUUUCACAACCGACUAUUGAAAAUCCCACAUUCAUAACAUAAUAACAAAAGACAGACUAAAGCAAGAAAAAGUGUGUUCUUAAAAGCGUUUUCUCGUGCAGAAAAAUCUUCUUUUUUUUUACAAGAAAUUUGUUUUCCUACCACAUUCUUAAGUUUAAUUGCGAAAAAGUUUUUUUUUUCUCGAUAAUUUUCAUUAUCGACGAUUUGUCAGUAAAUUUUUUCCUUCUAGAAUCAUAAGACAUUUAACAAUUUUUUUUUUGCUGUUUGAGAAAUUGAACGAAUAAAAAGCUGUUUACUCGUAAUUAAAUAUAGAAAUCAAAUAAAGAACGGAAUGAAUGAAAAAAAAGCGAAAAAAAACUUUACACAAUAUUAAUGAGAACAUCCGAGAGAAAAAAGAAAGAAAGAAACAAAAAUCAGGUCCCGAACGGUAAAUAAAUGGCUAAUUAAUAUUGUAAACUGAAUAACAUUAAUAGUUUAAACGGUUAUUGAAUAAAUACGAAGGAAAUUUACUGAAAUCAACACAAACAAAAAACCAACAAAACAAACAACAACGUACUGAUUUAAUAAUAUGAAGCAACAAAAUGAAAGGAGAAGAAGUAACAAAAAAAAGAAUCACACAAAAUGAACGAAAACAAUCGAUACACAAAAUAGUUCAAUAUUCUGAUAUCGCAACUUUCAUCUCUUAGUUUUAGGGAAUUUUUUUUAGCAAAUUAAAAACAAAACAAAAAGGAAACCGAUUUUCAGUAAUGUUUUGUUUAAAGUUGUGUUAAACUUGUGUGUGCUGUUUAUUUCUCAAUAAAAUUGCAAAACGGA